CUACACAGGUGGUAAACCUGCACAAGGUCAGUGUUUGUGGAGGUGGUUUCGGCUACCCUCAGCCUCCUUCCCCUCUGUCUCUGGACAGGAUGUACCUGGCAUGGGCAGGUGAGCAGAAGCUGAGCUGCUGCUGGUGGUGACCUGCCACUGCUGCUGCAGGUCCUGUUCCCAGGCCUUGGAGAGCCUCUGCUCUCUGCUCUGCUCCACUGUGCAUCUCCUGUUCACAUGGACCCCCAACACCAACAUGUUCCUGCUGGUACAGCUGCCUCUUCCCAGCUCUGGUUCCCAGUGACUUUUUCUGAGGUUCUUUCUACCAGGAAAUUGGAGUCUUCAGCAAACAGCUGAGAUUGGGCUGAAGAGACCCCCUGCUGCCUGUGCUCUCACCAGUUACUCCUGAACUCCCCCCAGCCUGAAGGAUUCUCAGGUCUGGUUUAAGCUGGACUGAGUGCACUGGGAGGUGCCCACGAUGGGGACACAGGUUCCAGGCAGACACACAGCUCAUGUUAGCCUCUCUGGGCUUAAAAUAUUUGGUCAGAAUUGCCAGCUGCAGCCCAAAGGAAUGUUUUGGAGCUGAGUUUGCUGGGACAUGCAGGGAGUUGUGAGAUAUCCCAAGUCCUCUCCUGUGCUCAGGGGGGUGGCUCCGAGCCUGCCUGUGCUAUGGAAGCUGCUCUGGAUGAUCCACCAGAGACCUGCUCCCUGCUUGCCCUCACCUGUGCAGGUGAAAGGGAGGCUGCUCAUGAGGGCAGGCUGGAGAAACAAGGCUGGGAAUGUGAGCAAAAUAGUACAUGGGCCUGGUACAGAGAUAAGGCUUGGGCUGGGAAAACUGAAACUGAACUGAGUGACAACGAGGGGAAGGUUUGCAGUGCCCAGGCACCACACUGGCCUCUGGGCAGGAGGCUCCACCUGCCACCCGAGCAGGGACAGGUGGCCCACGUGCCAUCUUAAUUGUAUUUCAGGGUGCUGGUGUGCACAGGUGUUGUAAGGAAGUUCACAGGAAAAGGUGUGGUGGGUGUGCAUGGGGACAUGGCAGAGAGCAGCAGCUGUGGUUUAAAAGAUGCAAGGGAAGAACAUGGUGCUGGCGUGUGUCACAGCCUUGCCAGGGCACAGGGAGGUGACGUGUGGCCACAGCAGCAGUGGGUGCCUCUGCUGGUUCCCAGGCAGGAGCUCUGCACAGGUCUCUGUGCCAGGGGGACUGCCAUGCUCAGCUCGGGGAGAGCUGGCAUCUUAAGCCGUGGCAGAGUUGAGAAUGCCUGGAAGUUCCCUCAAAAGGCAACAAAGGAGUGAAAAUCCAAUUGCACAUUGCUCCAUCCCCUGUCGCCUCCUGCGUCUCCUUGUGCUGUCACUGCAGCAUUCAUUUCAUCCUCUCCGGAGUCUCCCACCGUGCUUCUCAGCCCUCCCUCCCCGCGGGGAGCAGCUCCAGCCUCUCCACAGCGUGUGACAGGGGACAGCCACCGGGUGUCACUUGAGGAGCGCGUCUGGCCGGGAGCCCUGCCCCGCCUCUGGGCACAGCGCCUCCUCCUCCUCUUCCUCCUCCUCCUCUGCUGCCAGUUUCUAUUUCCCCGGCGCGGGCAGGAUGGCAUCGCCCAUGUCGCAGAAGCUGGAGGAGAAGCUGGUGUGCUCCAUCUGCCUGGAGCUGUUCAGGGUGCCCGUGACCUUGCCCUGCGGCCACAACUUCUGCAAGCGCUGCAUCGGCGACCACUGGGACCAGCAAAGUCAGGCCGGCACCGCCGCCAGCUGCACCUGCCCCGAGUGCCGCCGCGCCUUCCAGCGGCGCCCGCAGCUGGAGAAGAAUGUCACCCUGCACAGCGUGGUGGAGCUGGCCCGGGACAGCGAGGAGCGCGGCUCGGCCGCGGGCCGGGGCGAGGCGGCCCCGGCCGGGCUGUGCCGGCAGCACGGGCGGCCCCUGGAGCUGUUCUGCCAGGACGAGCGGCGCUGCAUCUGCUGCAUCUGCACCGUGCGGGACUGCCGCCGGCACCGCAGGGUGCUCUUCGAGGAGGAGCGAGCCAAGAAGCAGACCUUUUUGAAAGAAUCCCUGGAAAAAGCCCAGGAGGAAUCAGAGAGGAUUGAGCUGGCAAUGAAGGAGCUGGAGCUGCAGACAGAGAGCAUCAAGGACUGCUCCGAGCUCAAAGAUGGGAUUCAGAGCAAAUUCGCCCACCUGAAGCAAGCUCUGGAGGAUUUCAGGUGUCAGACAAUGGCCAGGAUUGAGCAAGAGCAGAGCGCAGCACUGGAGCGUGUGGACAAGAACUGGAACCUGUGCAAGGACCGCCUGGACGCCCUUGGCCAGCACAGGGACAGGGUUCAGAGCCUGCUGGCCUGCCCUGACCACAGGGCCUUCCUGCAGGAGUUCCCCCUGCUCCCACCUCUGGAGAGCCCAGAGGCGCUGGUGCCCGUGGAGUUUGAUGUGGCUGCUGUGAUCAAGCCCAUCUCUGAGAUCCUCACCAGCAUCUCCAGGCUCCUGCUGGAGGACCUGCCUGCCUCUGUGGCCCCCAAAGCCCCCAGCCCUGCUGGCCAAGGCCCAGAGCAUCCCCAGGAGCUGGCAGUGAAGGCUGUGGCCCCUCUCCCCAAGUGCCAGCUCCGAGCUGAGCUUUUGAAGGACCACCGCAACCUGACCUUCGACCCCGAGACAGCCAACAAGUACCUGGAGCUGUCCAAAGGUGCCCACAAGGCCAAGCACAGCCCUGACACCAUCCCUGGCAAGGGGCAGGGCCCCCGCUUCGAGCCCUGGCAGGUGCUGUGCACGCAGAGCUACGGCCCCGGCCGCCACUACUGGGAGGUGAAGAUCUCCAGCCACUCUGUCAUCCUGGGGGUCACCUACCGAGGGCUCCCCCAGGAGCAGCAGCAGGGCCACAGGUUCAACAUCGGCCUGGACGGGGGCUCCUGGGGGCUGCAGGUGCUCGAGGAUUGUUACCUGGCCUGGCACAAGGGCCGCGCCCAGAAAAUCCACGAGCAGCUCUAUACGAACCUGGGGGUCAGCCUGGAUUAUGGCAAGGGGCUCCUCUCCUUCUAUGGCCUCGGGGAGAAGACAAAGCUCAUCCACUCCUUCCACAGCGUGUUCACUGAGCCCCUGUACCCCGUGUUUUGGCUGUGUGAGAGGCGAGCGGUGACGCUGUGCCAGAGGGACUGAGCCACAGCCAGGCUGGUGCCAAAGUGGAGCUGCAGCUCAGGCUGUCAGUGGGGCCUCAGUGCUCAGGCAGGUGUGGAGUGCAGUGUUUUAGCAAGAGCUGAGGGACAGACAUGUGAAUUAACCUGUGUGAUUUGCAUAUGCAAAUGUCAUACUUGUGACACACUGCAGGGCUGGAGCUCACCGUGAGUGCCUCUCCCUGCAGACAGAGUAAAGGGGGACAAGGAGGGUGAAAAAAAGAUUUUCCUCUUUCUUCCCUCCCUGCCAAACUUGGGGAAGGUUUGGAUGAAGGGGACUCCAGAGGGAGGUGCUACUGCCACGGGGUGCUCAGUUUGGAGGGAGCUCUGUGCUCACACAGCCUCACAUGCAGGCAGGUCCUGCUCCCCAGCCCCUUCUUGGUUUCCUCUUGCUGUUCUCAGACCUGGCAGAGCAGCUUCUCAGGGUUCUAUGCUACAGCUCUUUGUACAAUGCUGCUUUUCCCAAUAAAGCUUUUUUUUUCUUACUGGUUUGACCUUGCUGCUGUUGGGAGAUGUGGGACCCUGCAGCCCUGGGGGUGGGGGGGAGCUGGGUACCCCUGCUCUCACAGCCAUCCCUGCAGGGAUGUCCCCUUGGGGCCUCUGACCAACCCUUGGAGCAACCAGCAGAGCCAGAAGGUGCUUUAUUUACUGUAGCACUGUGAUAAGGAAACCUGGUUUCCUACUGCUCUGCUCCAAGGUUGAUUUGGCACAGAAGAAACUCCAAAGUUUUCAUUGAUGUUUUUCCAAGGGUGAGACUGCAGGUCCAACAUCUCCUCCCACUCCUGUGGGAGUGCUGGUGAGGAUUAACAGGGUGAAACUGGGCACUGGGUUCAAAAGUGCUGGGGAUGUGAAUGCCUGGGAAAUGA